GAGGGACUUAGGAGAAAAUUGAAAUAUUAAAGAUUAUUUACUUUUUUUAAUAAAAUUGGGUCAGAUGGUCAAAAUAAAACAUUUUUAAAGUUAUUCUACAUUUAAAUGUUACAGACUGUGCCUUUAAAUACAUUCAGCUCAUUUUGACAGUUUAGCUUAGUUUCAGCUUCACUUCAGCUAUUCAGCAGCUUCAGCAAUCGGUUUCCAAAUUUAGCAUAUGCUGCUAAUUUCACAGUUCAGCUAAACGUAAAUAUAAAACUGUUAAACUUGUCCUACUGAAAUAACAUGUGUUUAGGCAUUUUAGCUGUCCAGAUUUUUAUACAAUGUUCACAGAUUUCAGUUUUCUGCUGUUUAGGAUUAUUUUUCUCUAUUAUUCACUUACUUUUUAUGCUUUACUUGGUUGGUGCUUGUUGCUUCUACAUCUUUCAAUUAGGGGUGGCCGUUAUCGGCGUUAACGCGCUGCGGCAAAGCCAGACUCUUAUCGCGCGAUUAAAAAAAUGACGCCGUUAAUCUAUUCUCAAAGUUGGGUUGGGAUCUGGGUCGUCUAUACUAAGCUUGAUGACUUUCACAUUGCACGGAUGUAUACUCGGCGCGGAUCAUCGACAUAUAAGUGUGGAUGUAUACGCACGAAAGAGAACAUCUUUAAUGCCGGAGGAAUCUUCAAACGUGACGCGCCAACAUGGAUGCACCUAUGAAGCCGUUGGGUUUGCUCCAGGGAAAAUUUAUUUUUAAGAAGCUUCCCAAUGGAAACCUUGACAAGACUAAAGUUGUUUGCACCUUGUGCAAUGCGGAAUUUGUUUACUGUAGAAGUUCUUCCAGUCUCAAGUACCACCUAAACGCUAAGCAUCCCUUAGCUAAUUUGGAAGAUGCUGGAUCACGUGUUGCGCGGGGGAAAGAGUUUUCGUCAAACUACUAUGUUUGAGUGCAACCGAGGCAAGCCCAUCAGUGCAGCUCUAUCAAGUAAGCUCACUAAUCUCCUUGCUCAGUGGAUUGCCACGAGCUGCCGGCCCAUCAGCCUGGUCGAAGAUGAUGGGCUCGAGCUUGUUCUCCAGGCGGCCACGGGUGACUCAUCCUACAAACUACCUGCGAGGUGAACAAUCGUGAGGAAAAUACAUGACCAGCAUGCAACAGAGAAAGCCGCGAAAGAUGAGAAGUUGGUGGAGGCAACUUGUGCAGCACUGACUGGGGACCACUGGACCUCUGUCAGUAAUGAUAACUACCUCGGUGUUACUGCACACCUCAUCGAUGCCAGCUGGGAACUUCACUCCUUUGCUUUAGGUGCGAUGAAAACAGAGGAGCGCCAAUUUGCAGACGCAUGUGCCAGGCAGUUUCUUGACGUUGCUAAUCAGUGGGGAAUAGCUGACAAAACCAGCACUAUUGGAACAGACAGCGCUCGUAAUAUGGUGGCAGCAGGGAGGAUACUGCCAUUCCAGCAUUUGCCCUGCGUUGCACAUGUUAUUCAGAGAGCUAUAGUAGUGUCACUUCGGGAAAGUGGUUUUGAUGGCUUUCUGGUCAAGUGCCGUAAAGUGGUCGGACAUUUCAAACACAGUCCAGCAAACUCAGACGAGCUGAAUGCCCAGCAAGCCUCCCUUGGACAAGAACAGGAACAACUUGUGCAAGAUGUUCCAACACGGUGGAAUUCCACCCUUGAGAUGGUCAAACGCGUGAGGCGAAACAGAGACGCUCUGCACACAACGCUGUCUCAGCAGAAGCACAAUCUUGCCCUCCCAACAAAUGCUGAAUAUGAGAAGCUGGCAAAGCUGGAGAAAAUGCUGGAGCCAUGCAGGUACAUCACUGAGCUGCUUGGUGGGGAAAACUACAUAUCCUGCUCUGUGGUUCUUCCUGCCCUGUGCCACCUCCAGCACGCAAUGAAGAUCUCAGAUGAUGAUCCUGCCUAUAGUGUGCGAUUCAAGGCUGCCUUCACCAAGGACCUCAACCAGCGAUGGGAGAACAUAAACCUGGAAUGGCUUAAGGUGUAUCAGACACAGAAGAUAAAUGCAUUAUUUGACCAUUAUGAUCUAAAGGGGUUCAAAUGAAGGUGGCGACUGCCUUAGAUCCACGAUUUAAGGACCUCAAGUGCUUGCCCAGAGCAGAGAGGGAGCCGGUGUGGGUAAAGCUACGUGAGUUGGUGAAGGGACAAGAACCUACUCUGAAGCCACUCAGGGAGGAGAACCCUGAGCCACCCAAGAAGAAAAGAGCCCUUCUACUAAUGGGAUCAGAUUCAGAUGAGGAGACACCAGUAGACAACACUGUGGAGAGGUACAAGGUAGAGCCCAGUGCCAAUUUAGAUCAGUGUCCACUGAAGUGGUGGUUGGAACACACUGCUGUGUAUGGUAAGAUGGCCCACAUUGCCCGUAAAUAUUUGGGGACUCCUGCCACAACUGUCCCAUGUGAGAGACUUUUUUCUUUAGCAGGCCAUAUUGUGCAGAAGAGAAGAUCUAGUUUGUCACCAGACACAGUGAACAAGCUGGUCUGCUUGAGUGACUGGUGGAAGAAGGAGAAAUAGAGCUUGGACUGAUUGACCAAAUGCUACUGACUGUAAAUAGUUAAUCAUGAUCUAUUCUGUAGACCUACAGUGCAGAUUGUUGAACUGAAUAAACAGCUAUUAAACACAAAUACUUAUUGAUCAUUAUUUAUUUUCAUAAUCAGUUAUUGUAGUAAAACUGCUUUAUCAGUCUGUGAUGCAUUAUUGAAACAAGAAAUAUGCCUCCAUUCUCAAAGACUUGUUUUUAUUCAUUAUCUAGGUAGCACACACAUAUGCCUUUGGCAGAAUUUGAAUGAGCCAUUUUAAUCUAGAUUAAUUCCAAGAUUACAGUGAGAUUAAUCUAGAUUAAAAAAAUUAAUCUAUGCCCACCACUACUUUCACUACUUUUGCUUAGUUUCAGCUUCAGUUCAGCUGUUUUAUUUAUUUAUUUAUUUAUUUAACCGUGUCCCAUCUGGCUGUGGAGCAAACAGAACUGAUGUCUGAAUGCUGGUAACAAGCCUUACAGAUUUACUCUCAGGUGGAGCAUCAAAGCGUCUGCUUUUAAUGUCACGCCUGAUACUUAACACUUUAUUGUUAUUGUUUUUGAAUACUUUCUAAUUCCGACCAGACACGGAGACAGAGGUGAAAGGAAAAG